GUUGGAUAGAGCCUGGAGGAAGGCGGGGCUUGUGUUGCCAGAGGAACCGGAUCAUCCGCGGUGUUGUCUUCCUGUCUAGAUAUAACUGUUUCCUGUGCUGAGGUCCACAAACUAUGAGUGCAGCCUCAGACCGACGUGAUGGUGUCUCAACACUUACCUGGAUGUGAAUCUCCCUAAACACUGGAGCCUCUUCUCCCAAGUGGUGGAGUUCUGCCUUGCAUCUCCUACCAGGACCGUCUAAUAAUAGAUGUCUGCUGGCUCAGCUUGUAGUUUAUUGCCUACUUUCCAGGCCUCCGUACUUUAGCAGCAGCCUGCACUGCAUCCUCUGGCACCAUGAAAGCUGGUCAGCAGGGAAGAAGCUUACAGUCCGGUUCCAGUUUGGUUUCUCUGUAUCUUGCACCCAAGAAUCAGAGUGAGAGGUUCGCUUUCAUUGCAGAGUGGUAUGAUCCCAACGCCUCGCUGCUCCGGCGCUAUGAGCUCCUGUAUUACCCCGCAGAUGGAUCUGUGGAAAUGCAUGAUGUAAAGAAUCGUCGCACCUUCUUAAAGCGGACCAAGUAUGAGGACCUGCGCUUAGAAGAUUUAUUUAUAGGCAACAAAGUGAAUGUCUUUUCUCGACAACUGCUGUUGGUUGACUAUGGGGACCAGUACACAGCUCGCCAGCUGGGCAGUAGGAAAGAGAAAACAUUAGCCCUGAUCAAACCAGAUGCAAUAUCAAAAGCUGGAGAAAUCAUUGAAAUGAUAAACAAAAGUGGAUUUACUAUCACCAAACUCCGAAUGAUGAUGCUUUCAAGGAAAGAAGCAAUAGACUUUCAUGCAGACCACCACUCAAGGCCAUUUUAUAACGAACUGAUCCAGUUUAUUACAAGUGGGCCUGUUAUUGCCAUGGAGAUUUUAAGAGAUGAUGCAAUAUGUGAGUGGAAAAGAUUACUUGGACCUGCAAACUCUGGGCAAGCUCGUACAGAUGCCCCUGGAAGCGUCAGAGCCCUCUUUGGGACAGAUGGCAUAAGAAAUGCGGCUCACGGCUCUGAUUCUUUUGCAUCUGCUGCCAGAGAAAUGGAGUUAUUUUUUCCUUCAAGUGGAGGCUGUGGACCAGCAAACACUGCUAAAUUUACCAACUGUACCUGUUGCAUUAUUAAGCCUCAUGCCAUCAGUGAAGGACUGUUGGGAAAGAUCUUAAUAGCUAUUCGAGAUGCAUGUUUUGAAAUCUCGGCGAUACAGAUGUUCAAUAUGGAUCGGGUUAACGUCGAAGAAUUCUAUGAAGUUUAUAAAGGCGUUGUGCCUGAGUAUAAUGAGAUGGUGACAGAAAUCUGCUCCGGCUCUUGCGUUGCCAUAGAGAUCCAGCAGAACAAUCCUACAAAGACAUUCCGAGAAUUCUGUGGCCCUGCCGAUCCUGAAAUUGCCCGGCAUUUACGUCCUGAGACCCUCAGAGCAAUCUUUGGUAAAACUAAGAUUCAGAAUGCUGUUCACUGUACAGAUCUGCCGGAGGAUGGGCUCCUAGAGAAAUCUGCUUUCUAUGGAUGCCACUAGUCAUGACAAGGCCAGUUUUGUGGUCGUAGGAGCAAAUGGCCAUGAUGGAUUUCUAAUACGAGGAGUCCUAGAAUGACUUCACUGUCGGGGUCCUCUGAUACUCUGCUAGCUGCAACUCGGAUGUUCUGAAGAAAACAUUAGUGAGAAGAAUGGUGAGCUCAGCGAGUCGCCAGAGCGUGACUGACCUUCUGUUGUGGGCAGGCUGUUAAGGAGGUGAUACCCAGUGCCCAUGAGGCUGAAGUAAAGUGGACUCUCAAGGUGCUAUGCUGGAGAGCUUUGCGGCAACUGUUAUUGAAAACCUGAGGGCUUUUCCACAGUUUGUCCCCACCUUCUGCUUCUUAGGACACAACUAAAUCGGGACCAUUGACAGCAAGGCUACAGACUGGGAAGCUGGGAUCGUGAAUGUUCGUGGAAGGAGUAUUCAUGGUCAUUAAAUUGGACACAGUGUGCAUAGCUAAAGAGAGCUCCUGUUGCUCCACGACCCUUCAUCGGGGUCAGAGGUCCAUGCGUGCGUUCACAGUACUGUGCUUCCCUGUACUAUAAAAGGACCACCAGCAAUCAAAUAGCUUCCAAGCAAACUGCUCAUCUCACUGAUCCCUGGUUUCCUCACUCUAUGAACUGAAGAUAGAUAACAGUACUUGCCUUGUCCAAUGGCACAGGGUCUUAAAUGAACAGUUGUUCCUGAUACUACAGUACAGGGUCUGUUUGUGCAUACAUGCUUCUACAUGACACUCUUUCAUACCCUGACUUUUUUCUUUGAGACAAGAUAUUACUGUAGCCCAGGCUGGCCUCAGACUCACAGAGAAUUGCCUGCUUCUGCCUCCUCAGUGCUGGGAUUAAAGGCGUGCGCCACCACACUGAGAUUGUCCUACUUGUAAAAGACUUCAGUAUAUGAUUUUUGAGAGGAAAAGGGCAAUAGUUUGCUUAGUGUUUCAUCCAUGGAAUGAAAGCAUGUAGCAUUUCCCCUUUUAUCCUAAUGAAAACUCUGUAACAGAACUCUGACCCUGGGUGUAUGAGACUCACCAAGGCAGUUUUUAAAAUACCAAUCCCAUGACACACUUCUUGAGAGUCUACUUAAAACUUUCUGGAGGCUGGCAAGAUGGCUUAGCCCGCCACCAAGUCUGAUGACCUGACUUUUGCAAGUUGCCCUCUGACCUCCACACACAAGCUGUGUUGUACACAAAUAAUAUAAUUUUUUAAAUGAAGAAAAUUCGAUUUUUGAGAAAAGCCCCAAGUACAGUAACCACAGAAAGUUUCUGUGAGAAGGUGAAAGUGAACUGCCCAUAUGUUCCAUAUUCCUGAGUACCUUAAUGUCGAUUUUUAACACAGAAGGCAUUUUCCUACACAGCUACAUCAUGAGUAUCCAGAUUAAGAAACUGAUGGUGAUAUAUUGCUACCAUCUCAGACUCUGAGUCCCGUCAGUUGUCUCAAGGUUUAUGAACACGAAGCACGUAGGUCAGAAUCAUUUGUUUCAUUUCAUUUUCUCCUUAGUUCCCCUCAGUUUGGCACAGCCACUCAGUUUUUCCAAUUAGCUUUCAUGACUUGGAAUCCUAGAAAAUAACAAAAAUUUCUAAUCAAAUUUCUUCAUUUAUUUCUUUGACUAUCAGAAAUUUUUCUGGAUAGCUUUCACUUGCUCUUCUAACAUGAUGCUGACUAGUUCAUUUUGCUGAUGGUAUGUGUUACCCAUGUAAGGAGCAUUAGUUCCUCAUUGUCGAAGGAAACAAACAAUGCCCCUCUUAUUUUGUGACACGGCCUGUGUCUACUGUUCCCUGAUCCACCUCAUCGUCAGUCCUGGUCUUACCCUGGUGCUGGUGAUUAUCAAGGAUCAUCUGUCAUUUCCCCAGCCUUCACUGAAGGAAAACGCCUAGUUCUCUGCCUUUCAUUUUGCUUCCAUGGUCUGUUCCAGGCCCCUCUUGUCUUACUAUCUCCAUCAACAAUAGAAAACACUUGAAAUCUCCAAAGCCGCUGAAUGGACUAUGGUGGCAUAUUCAAGACUAUCUGAAUCCUAUACACCAGGGUCAUAGGUCAGUCACCCUCCACUCAGAUAUUUAUCACUUAAAAUUUAAACACAUCACUGUUGACUGGGGAGCUGGCUUAGGGGUAAGAGCACCUGCACAAGCGUGAGGACCUAAGUUCGAGUCCUUCUUAUCCACCUGAAAAGACAUGUGUGGCCACAUGUGGCUGUCACCCCAGUGCUGGACAGAAGGGAGGAUGGAGCAGGAGAAUCAUUGAGGGUUGUGUCCAGCCUACAUAAUAAUCACCAAGCUCCAUGUUCAGUGAGACAACAUGUCUUAAAGGAACAGAGCAGAGAGCCAUAGAGGAGGACACCCAACAUUCUCCUCUGGCCUCUACAUGUAUACAUAGGUAUACACAACUGCACACACAUGUAUAUACACAUUUGUACCUCUCUCUCUCUCUCUCUCUCUCUCUCUUUCUCUCUCUCUGACAGACACGCACACACACACACACACACACACACACACACACACACACACACACACACACAUACUGCAUUGAGAACAUCAGUAAACAUUACAAGGAUCUUGCUCCCUGGUCUCUAAUAGUAGUUACAUUAAUUUUUCUAUAUAAUGGUGAACUAUGGACCUUCCCUGUUUUUCUUUUUCCAAACAUCCUAUAACAUGGUCAUAUCACUUUUUGAUUGCUGACUGGAAUUUAGGAGGCAGUUAAAUAUUGUAGCAUAAACAGUUGAGGAAAGCAAGUCUGAAUUCAGACACGUCAUUAUGGACACACUCUGGUUCUAGUGACUCAGAACCAGCUAGAAAUCAGUGUAAGUGGAGGUAAGUGUUGUGAUUGGACAGUCCUGGGUUUACUGGCCAUGGUUAGCACAGGCAUCUCCAUGUCCUGACACCAUGAUUUACCCUUUGUUUUAGUUUCUGUCUUGAAGGAAACAAAAUUGAUUCUUACGUGUAUACUGUCGAAGGAACACAAUGUACGAAGACAAGAGCCAACAGCUUUCUCUUCGGAUCUAAAAAUAGUCUAGCAGGGCUGACGCUGUGGCCCGGAAGUGGGAAGUGGCAAGUGAAGAGUUAGAAGAGUUGCCGGGGGCUUGUAAAAUCACGUGAAGACAUGAACUUCAUCCAGAGCCAUCUGUGAUCCAAGGGAAGGUACUGUGCAGGCUAGCACAGUCAUGUCAGUGUUAGAUAGAGCAUUCUGGAUCGUAAGGAGAACUGGUCAUGGGAUCACUAUAGAGAAGGAGCAGGUGUGGUGUGUGUGUGUGUGUGUGCAUGGUAACACAGUCAUGUCUGUGUUAAAUAGAGCAUUCUGGAUAAUAAGGAGAACUGGUCAUGGAAUUGCUAUAAAGAAUAGUGUGUGUGUGUGUGUGUGUGUGUGUGUGUGUGUGUGUGUGUGUGUGUGUGUUGUACAGAGGGGAUGACUCUGAAGAUAGUUCAAGAAAAAUUUGUGUAGCCUUAGUGAAAGUGGCCACUAGGAUGUCCAGGAGCCAUGGUUUUCUGACGACAUUUAGGAAGGACAAAGUGAUGCACAUGAACAGCUGGAUGUGAAGGAUAAGUCAAGCGGACAAACCGAGGCGAUGCCUUCCCCUGAGUGCAGAGUGGUGCAGGGCAACCAUCUGUAUCUAGGACACUGAAAACACUAGUGUUUCCCUCACUUAGCACAGGUUAGACCUUGAAUCUUAUUCAAAGACAAGAAUGGCUCUCUAGUAACAGAGUGCCGGAAUAACUUGCCCUGAAUAAUCAUAAUGCCUACUUUCUUCAUGGAGUUUCUGUGAACUUGAUUCUAUAAUAUUGAAGCAUUGGUUGUAAUGCCUAACGCCAUAAAGAGAAUUGUAAGUCCAUAGGUCUUUCAGUUUCUCAGCACAUCCAUGGUGCUAGCUUGUUUUAAAUUUGUCCUCCCAUUGUGAAUGGGAACAGGAUGAAUGAUGUAAAGACGAUAGUUAAUGUGAUUGAUUACUCUGUAUGUAGAUUGUCUUAUAUGUGGAGUGGAGACAGUAGAAAAUACUGCCGAAAAACAAGUUUAAUUAGUAACUAUGGAAAAUCCACAAGAAAUAGAUACCGAACCAUAGGGCUAAAGAAGACCUUAAACAGCCUGUUACUACUCUCCACACAUUGUCUCAACUCCCCUAUUGUGCCUAUUGUGAGACAGUGCUUUUCGAAGUGAGCAGCAGUGUGGGAUCUCCUGGCAGGCUUUUUCAAACAGUUUACUGUGCUCCUCUCUGGUCUCUGAUUGGCUAGAUCUGGCCAAGCCUGAGAGCUUGCAUUUCUAACAAGUUCUCCUUUGGCAGUGUUGUGUUGGAUCAGGAUGCCACGCUUGGACAGCCCCUACCCUAAGACGGAGAAACUGCAGACUCUCACUGUGAUAUUCUCUUGGUUAAUGUCCUCAAGUUUGGGACUUCUCAGACAUGGACAUUCAAAGAACAGACCAGUGAAGACACUGGGAAAAUCAUUUCCCAGCAGCAUCAGCAUCAUUUUGUUUUAAAAUGGCGGUGGUGUGCGGAGAGUACAGCGGUCGAACUCAUCUGAUGCAUGGGCAGCAGGAAAAGCUGUCCUAUCUUGUGUCGAUAGUUGAAAAACAGCCAUGAAAAUCACUAGAUGUUCCACUCUGGAUGGCCACUUGGCUCAGGCAGCUAGCUCCGUGUCUGUGGGGAAAUCCUCCCUUCUCCCCAGGUGACAAUGGCCACCAAGCCUGGCACAGCACACCUUAGAUGUCCUGGCUUUCCUGUUUUUCUAGGAAGUGAUGAAAAGCUGUCAUAGGUGACUGCCAUUUGUGGAGUGGCAAUCAGCAGUCAUGGAAUUUCCACCUAAUUGUGGAAUCGUUGCACUCUUUCCUGGCUUUAUUCAGAGCUAGGGUAAAAGACACAUAUCGUAUUUCAUAACUCAAAAAAGAAUGUAAACUGUUUAAGACUCCUUACGUCACAAGUAUAUUGGAUUUUGUACAUGCUAAAGAAAACUGUACAAAUUACAAUACAGUACACAACUAAAAUCCUUCUAAUUGUG